CCAAAGGCUCUCCUGCCAGUACGAAGUAUCUCACGCCAUAUCUCUUCGAAAUCUAUUCUCCAGACUUUGACAAUUUUCCCCCAAUGAUUCCUCUAACAGCGGGAGGGAGUUUGAGGGUUGUUUUUUUGUUCUCUAUCUACUCUCAUUCGCUUCCUAGCUCUCCCGGUACGUUUCGCGCUCCUGCUCAGCUUAUCCAAGUAACAUCCUUUAAACUGUUGCCAGUUAGUUGCGAGCAAUAGUACUAAAGAUACCGUUUUACACGCUGGUCAAACUUCCUGUCUGCCCCGCGCAAACAGCAACAUUUGCUGCGACAGAGGCGCUAAACGGUAAUACAUUCGAGGUGGAAAUAUCGAUGUACCUUUGGUUGCUGUUCUAAUUCAGUGUACGGGGAAAACGUUAAGGCUACGUAAAGUUGAACAAAUUCGAACCGUUCGUGUCCAAAAAUUUGUCGAAGGUACACGGGGAAAGCUCUGAGCAAAAUCAUUGUUGAGCUGGUAAGCGGUUUACUGGUUUACUACACCAUCUCUUGUGUGAGAUGUAAAAGACGCUCUCUUCGCGAAAGGUGAAGCCUUUCUUUCGCGCUCCUAGCGUGUUGCGUAGGGUACUACCCGCACGCAAAACCCAUCCCCGUAUUGUAAUCGAUCAGUUCGGCCAAAUAUUCCAGCCAAGCAAAUACACCUCGUGAACGUUUUGUCGCGAUUCGUUUCACGAUAGUAGGUUCGUGCAAGAAGCAACACACAGAAGAAAAAAAACUACUAAUUUCACACGAAUCAGUGCUUGCAUGCAGUACAUUUCGUUGCAGUGUUGCGCCUGAAAGGUAGGCAUUGCCUCCCUGGUGUGGUCCUAUUUAGUGUUACACACAUACACGAGAAAAAAAAAUCGAACAGAAGAGAGACCCAUCUAGGACUGCGCGUAUUCAAUUCUACAUUGUACGUUGUAUGUGUGCGUGUGUGUGUGUUGUGUUUUGUGAUGUGAGUGUGUCCUGCAUACUGCCUGAUUACAGCGAGCGAGUGUUCUGCGGUGCAGAAAAUGUCUGAGCACAAAGAUGGUGGCGAAUGUGCUGCCGUUUUGAUGGCGCGUUUCAUGCUGGUCCCGAUGACCCCGUUCCACGACGGCCAUCGUACGCCCGUGACGUGGUGAAGACACGGUCCAGUGUAAACGAUACCAGCCACUAACAGUGUGUACUGUGCGCUUGACAAUUUACGCUAGUGUACGCUGACUUUUGUCAAAACCCAGUGCGUCGGCUGUGCUGUGGUGUGUAGUGACUAGCUACCAGGGGAGCUAAGAAUUUCCUACCAAAAAACAAAAAAAAGGCGGUUUUAGUGGACGGAUCUCACACACACACAGACACGCGGUACAAAACAAUCAAACAGAAGAAAAAAUCAGCAUCGCAUAUCAUUUUGCAUCCCUACGGCACAAUCAAUAAAUAAAACUUUGCCGAUCGAAAACGGGCCCAAGCAACCAACCGCUGCUGCUGCUGCAGAAGAAGUUUUUCGCGAAGAAGCAAAUCGAUGACAGGCGUUCGGAGAGUAAUGGAUCAAAUGGCGUAGGCGAGUGCGCAAAGUAUAGGCCUCCCCCCCGUCCGUGGAAAUAUGCAAACUAACGGCCGAUGUAAGGAUCAACACACGCGUUCAGCGAUAAUCGGAUAAUUGGUGCUCGACAUUUUGCCAAACCAAUCCACCAAACGUCGGGAAGAUUCUUUACUGGCAGCCUUUGGCAGCGCCACAGCAUUGCGAUGGGCUAUUUAUAAAUCAGCCCUUACCGAAAGGCCCCCCCGGCUUUACCUAUAAAUACGCAUCAAGAGGGCGAGAGGUGUUGGGAAGCGCGACCGGAUCCAGUUGCACAGCGCAUCCUGCGCUACAACGGGCAGAGGCAGCUGUAGCGCGAAACAGUAGCGAGAAACGUACUUUUUGGGCGGGGGGAACGCGGGAUAACAAUUAUGCCAUGGUAUUGGUGCAGCGCGCAAAGCCACUGAAAAUGAUACAGCUCUACUUCACAGUACUGUUUUGUCUGCUGUCAUCGGCACUGUGCGCCGACUGGAGUGCCAGCUGCCCGCUCAACUGUAGCUGCAAAUGGUCGAACGGCAAGAAGUCAGCCAUCUGCAAUGGGGCCGACUUUACUGCGGUACCGUCAAACCUCUCGACCGAGAUACAGGUGCUGGUGCUGAACGACAACAACAUACCGUACCUAAACCGGGAAGAGUUCACCUCGCUCGGGUUGGUAAACCUGCAGAAGAUACAUCUGAAGCACUCGCACGUUAAAUAUCUGCAUCGGGAGGCGUUCAAGAACUUGAAGAUACUGGUCGAGGUCGAUCUGAGUGAGAACGAGAUUGAAACGCUCGACAAGCAAACGUUCGCUGGGAAUAAUCGGUUGCGCAUCAUCAACCUGUACGAUAAUCCGAUCAAGAUGCUGGUGGCGGAACAGUUCCCGGUGUUGCCGUACCUGCGCAACAUCGAUCUGCACAGCUGCCAGCUGCGGUACGUGGCGGAGACAGCAUUUUCCAAUCUCGAUUUGCUCGAGUUUCUUGAUCUGUCGAAGAAUCGGCUCGAAAGCCUACCGCACCAUGUGUUCAAUCACAUGAAGAAUCUGAAAACACUGAUACUGGAGGAGAACUGGUGGAACUGUGACUGCCAUUUGCGUGACUUUCGCAACUGGUAUCUCAACAGCUCGCUGAACCGGCGUAGUCUUAUCUGUCAGCGACCGUUCGCGCUCAAGGGCCUGUCCUGGGAGUAUCUCGAGACGGAGCAGUUUGGUUGCAUGCCGAUGGUGGAGAUAUUUCGCGACGAGUAUGAAAUUGAGGACCUUGGCACGAACAUCACGUACAAGUGUAUGGUGUCGGGUGAUCCGGAACCGAACGUCCGAUGGGACGUGAAUGGGAAGGACGUCGAUCAGGACAAUGCAAUCAUCGAGACGGAGCGGCACGUUGCGUUCGAUGGCAGUGUAACAAUCUGGAGCAACCUAACGAUCCUGAACGUGACGAACAAUGACUCCGGUUUCUACACCUGCACCGCACUGAACCGGAUUGGGCUGGCGAGCAAAAACUUUAGCCUGGUACUGCCGGAGGUGGUGGAGCGCGUGAUUAUCAAAACGCCGGAAACGUUCUGGUACUUUGGGCUAAUUCUGGGUAUUUUCGGCACAAUCUUUGGGCUGCUGUCACUGUCGGUGGUGGUGUGUUUGGUGAAGCGCAAGCUGCGUAUGCGCCGCCGACGGAAAACCAUCAAGAAUAGCGUUAGCUUCAACGAUCAGGAGAAGAAGCUGCUAGACCUUAGCAUUACCACCAACGAACGGCAGGAGUUUAGUGCGAGCGAUGUCGUGACGCCAUCGACCAAGACGGAUUCGACCAUUGCGAUGGAGCCGGUGCAGAUCACGAUCGAGUCGAUCGCAACGUCCAAGCGCGAGGAGUACCCGUUGAAUGUGGGCGUGUUUCCGCCACCGCCCGAGUUCUGCACGCAGAUGAUAUCGAAUCCGACGAUCAGCAACAUCUACAUCUCCGUCUCGGUGACGCAGGAUCCGCUCGAAGGGGCGGAGGUUAACAUGUAUCCAGAUCUGCUCAAUAUACCGAAUCGCCACCAGAAGGGACCACCAAAGAUUUCGCCCGUAAGCGUUACAUCGUAUGCGACGCUGCCACGCAAAACGGCUACGGUCGGUGGUGGUCCACGCUGUUCCAUCACGUCCGGUCACAGUUCCGGUUCGAGCUCGAGUACCGGCACCGCCCAGGUGAUGGCGGUCGGGGGUCCAGGGUUGAUGGCGGGCGGUAAGACGACCGUCGGUGCACCGCCGUCUGCUGGAUCACCGCUGUCCUGUACGCCGAGCCUGCUGGCAACGGAAAUUCCACUCACGGAAGGCAUUGUCAAUUACGCGACGACCUCACUGCGCGAUGACUCCGGGUGCGAGAUGUCGGCGUCGCCGGUGCCGUCCAUGUGUGCCGAAUGCAGCAAGGUGAUGAAAGCGACCAGUACGUCCACGUUUGCCGGUCCGGCCACGUCCAAGUAUGCCGGUGCGUCACGCACGCUAACCGGUGUCGGCGGUGAUCUCGCCACCAUGGCGAACAGCAUAAAGUGUGAGAAACCAUUGGCCUGCCUGAAGUACGACAAUAUGGGCCGCCGGUACACGGCGAGCGGUAACUCGACGCUGUCGCUGCCGGACGAGCUGAAGUCGACGGCCGGACCGACCGGCGUCGCCGCGUUCGUCAUCAAACAGCAGGAAAUCGAAACCAUCGUCGAGCAGGACGACCAUCCAGCAAUGGACGAUGGGACCCGGCUCGAUGAACAGCUGGAAUCAUCCUCGUCCUCAUCAACCGGGGCCGGUGCACCGAUGGCCGCGAUGGGCGCACUGGCAGGACCACUGACCGAUACGCAUGACGGUGUGCAGGAGGCGGCAUCCCAGCGGGGUCUGUUCGUUGUCGGUAGUAAUGAUUUUGUUUCACUGUAGUCGUCCAACCCGGCAUUGCCACCACGAUCAGGUGUCGGUUCGGCCGAGCGCAGGACGCGCACAGAGCAACCAAUCCAAACCAUCGAACUUAAAUUGUACAAACGUAUUUAUCCAUCCUUCUUCCUACCACCUCGCCAUCCGAACCCAACUAGCACGUACACAGAAUCUCACCUUUAUUAGCUGCAAAAUAACCAAAAUGGUUAGCCAUGUAAUAAUACCUUGUUCCGCUUCCGCGCUAGGCGCAAUCCAGAAACGCACUUCGAGGAAAAACAACAAAAAAGCAUAAUAGUAGGCGCUUACACACCGACAAGCACUUCAAAAUUUGUGGUGCCGCUCAUUUCUUGCCGAUCUGCCGAAUUGUAGCAGAAUGUCUGUGAACCAUUAGCUUAGGGUACCGACUGUCCUGUAUAGCCCAAUGCCUUUCACCCCACCCUGGUUAACAGAGACGACCAAGCUUUUAAAAAAACACAAGCGCUCGUAAUGGUAGUAAUGUUGUUCGUUCCAUGAACAAUUUGUAGCGCCGGUGAGGUAUGCAAUCCGCUAGACAAAAAUGGAAAAACGAUGCAACUUUGCUUCGUUGUGAGACUUUUAGUAGCUUGUUUGUCUCGGUUAUUAAGGCUGUUUGCAUAUAUCGCUCCUUUCUCCCGCCUACUACCUUCUCCACUCCCUCUUCCCCUCCUCCACCACUCCUUGUGUACCAUUACUGCCGAUUCUUACUUACAAGUCCGUGUGACCAUGUGAUAAUCAUGUGCUUGGUUGUUAGCUAUGUUCCGUAUCGUGGGUUUUUGCUUCGUAAAAGCACAUUCCUCUUUUCAGCACCCACAUAAUGGCAAGACCACACAGUUACUCAGUAGCACUAUAUACUCUAUAUUACUUGGGGGGCCCGUCGCUUUUAUUCAUAUCAUAAACACUCCCAUGCAGUGUCCCCGCACACAUACCACCGUGCAGCCCAAUGCAGAUGAGUGGGUGUGGCGGACGAUGCCGAACGACGUACCGCAGGAGUGCCACAGCAGUGAAGUUCGAUUUGGUGCAAAACACUGCUAACCACUCAGUCGGCCCAAUUCCAGCCGAAAACAGGGGGAAGAGACCGCCAAGCCAAAUGUGGUCUUCCAGAAAAAAAGUAAAAGAAAAACUAAAUCAACAAUUAAACGAGGCCCCGACCGCAACGAACAGCGUAGUUACAGUCAUUUUUGCGCCAUAGUGGAGUAGUUUAGUUAUCAACGUUUAAGACAAUGGUUCCGCUGCAAUGGAUGUAUUGGUAUUGCAAUGGCACUAGGCACCAGGCAUCUUAGUACUUUACUAUAAGACAACUUUAUUUACGUAUCCGUAAUGCCUAGUCGUUUCCGUUCUACUACUGCAAAACUAUUUAGAUGUUUUGUUUUACCAUGGUUCCAUUUACGAUUUUCAUCCCAUCGUGGGUAAUCAUAAUACGAAAAUAGUGAGCAAAACAAACAAAAAAAGAAAAAGAAAAAAAAUAUGCACCCUAAUGCAUACCAGGAUGUUGAGAAGAUUGUAACUUUAAUCUAAAAACACAACACAACAACAAAAAAAAACAUAACUAGAAGAAAUGUUCGACACAAAUAAUUAACAAAAAAGAGAAGCAAAAAAAAAACAACAAAUCGAAGAAAAAUGUAAUCCGACCUGCAAACACUGAACAAAAACGGAAGCAAAAUUGUAAUAUAAACUUGGUACGGUUCGGUCUGAGAUUCCAACCACGUUUUCCAUGACCCCCAUCCCCCCUCCCCCCCCCAAAAAAGCGUUAUUUAGUAUCAGUUGUGAAUAAACUAUGGUACAGUUAAGAUGUGUUAAAUGUGUAAGAUGGAAUGUAAAACAUGUCCACACAAACAGACUAAUAAGAAAGUAUAUAAACGAAGAAAACAAACACACACACACAAACAAAAAAGUAACAAUGGUAUAUAACGAUAAGCUUACAGUGACUUUAAGUUGAAGGCAAUUGCGUUAACCUAUUACAAUUUAGUAGAUCAAAAUAAUUCUAGAUCAUUAAAUGAGGUGAGGAAAAGAAAAAGAGAGAGAGGGGAUAAACAGCAACAAGAUGAUACUUCUGAAUAAAAUCAAUCAAAUCUAGUUAGAGAAACAAAUGAAACAAUUUUAGCGUACAAUUAGUAGUAUAUGCAUAAUGACGAUUAGAGAGAAAACAGAAGAAAAAAAACAAACAAACGCGAAAUGAACGCGAAGCAGUAAAAACCGAAAAUGAACAAACUAAACAAGAAGGAAAAAAAACAUGGUUACUACAGCAAAAAAAAACACAAGAAAAAUAACUCAUGCAUUAUUUGAACGAUUUCAUACAGGAGGGUAUAAUUUACGCGUGUAUAGAUUUCGAAGUUUUUAGUGAGAUGGAUAAGCAAAGCAAAUCUACUAUACUUAGUUACCCCUUGUUCAACGAUGCUCUACACACACGCUACCACACAGACGGUCGCAGGCGAUAUACGAACAAUUUAAAUCAUUUUGACUGGUUAUGCUACGUUUUUUUUUAUUCUUUUUGGCAAUUUUAUUCAUGCUUUAACAGCUAUAUUUGCUAUGCUUCUUUUGGAGUGCAGUUAGUAGAUUUUUUCGAUUGCCUUUUUUGCAUUGAGCUGGACUGGAUUGCUCAUAUAUUGGUAGCAAUACCGUUUUUAUUGGUGUAAAUUGUUAGCUCUAGCAAACUGCAUUAGCAUUUUCUUGAAUUUUUCGUCAUUAGCUCAGCUGUGAGACAACAAACUCAUUUUGGUUUUUGUUCGAUUAGACAUUAUUGUAAGGCUGUAAAUAAAACGAGUCAUACUUCCCAGUUUUGUCUCACUCGUGACGUGCUCAGCGGCAUGAUUUCGAAAGGCGUUAGUUACAUUUUGGUUUGCAGAAAUCAAGCAAAACAGCCGAAACGCAGUGGACAAUCAGCGAUCGCUUUCUGGCGCUGUUGCUGCCCUAAUCGCUUGCGUUUGCAUGCAUAUAUCGCUCGGAAUUUUUGCACCAGUCAACGAGAUGUAGUCGCCUCGUGUCAUCGCGCCCUGUGUACGUGUACGCUCCUUAUACUUGCACUGAAUAGGGAUAGGCUGCCAUGAGCAUAUGCUAGUGCUGCGGCGUUUUUUUGUUUUUGAGGCAGCCACUAAAGCGGUACGCCGAGACUUAGCCGUCACCUAGUGGCAGUAACAGCAGCAGCACGCUGGCCAACCAUGGCGGUGACCAUUCUGUAGCAUAUGCUUGACUCUCAUAUGUAAACACCUAUAACACAGUACUAGCCAAUCCAUCGUUUCAGAGCAGCAUUACACAAUGAAAACAAAAAAAAAAUGCAAACAUUUAAUAUUCUUUAAUGCUCAUGCAAAAUUAGAGUACUUUCUAAGAAAUAAAAACGAGAGAGUAAUUGAAAACACA